CGCUGGGCGGUUACGUGUGGUGCGCGGGGGCGCGGGUUGCGUGUGGCGCGGGGCGGGGCGCGGCUGGUGCGCCUCAGGAGCGAUGGCGGCGGCCUGAACUCACCUAGCACGGCUGCGGCGUUCGGGCCUGGUCAGGGUCGGGAUUCUAUUUGCAGGUCUGGACUGGGCCGUGACCUCUGGGCUCGCUAUUCCAGCCUGGUGUAUCUUCUGGAUCCAUGGCCAGCUACUGGCUCCUGCAGACCGGAUGAAGCAGACUAGAGACACAAGUGGAGAAAGCUGCCAGCUGGCAAAUUCUCAGAGUGUGGCCCUCUGGCUACUGGCCCUGCCCAGCCUGCCUCAUGGAGAGGAUGAACUGGUUGAGCAGAUUGGCCUCCCGGGGCCCUGGGCACCGUGUACCUCAGGGGUCCAGUCUGCAGGCCCCUGUCAUGGCUGACCCUGAGACCUGCCUCAUGGUCUUCAAGAAUCACUGGUCCCAGGUAGUGCGAAUCCUGGAGCGGCAAGGCCCUCGGGCAGCUCCUGGGGGUGCAGAUGAUCUCAGUGCUGUACGCAACCACACUUACCAGAUGUUGACACUGCUGGUAGAAGAUCGUGUGGUCCCCUCAGCCCCCACGACCCCUGGGCCCUUGCUGGAGUUCGCUUUGCGUGAGGACCUGCUAACCCGUGUGUUGGUUUGGCAGCUUCAAUGGGAUGAGCUUGGGGAUGGGGUUGAGGAACGGCGGGCUGAGCAACUGAAGCUGUUUGAGAUGCUAGUGAGUGAAGCUCGCCAGCCACUGUUGCGACAUGGUCCAGUUCGUGAGGCUCUGCUGACCUUGCUGGAUGCCUGUGGCCGUCCUGUGCCCAGUAGCCCAGCACUGGAUGAAGGCCUGGUGCUACUUCUCAGCCAGCUGUGUGUGUGUCUGGCCCGGGAACCUUCAUUGCUCGAGUUCUUCCUGCAGCCACCUCCUGAGCCUGGAGCUGCCCCCCGCCUUCUCCUCUUUUCUCGCCUUGUUCCCUUCGUCCAUCGGGAGGGCACGCUGGGCCAGCAGGCCCGUGAUGCCCUACUCCUGCUCAUGGCUCUGUCGGCCGGGAGUCCCACUGUGGGCCGCUACAUUGCAGAUCACUCUUACUUCUGCCCGGUGCUGGCCACAGGGCUGAGUGCCCUGUACUCCUCACUGCCCCGCAAGAUUGAGGUUCCAGGGGAUGAUUGGCACUGCCUGCGACGGGAGGAUUGGCUGGGAGUGCCAGCCCUUGCGCUCUUCAUGAGUUCCCUAGAAUUCUGCAAUGCAGUCAUUCAGGUGGCUCACCCUUUGGUGCAGAAGCAGCUAGUUGAUUAUAUCCAUAAUGGGUUCUUGGUGCCUGUCAUGGGCCCUGCCCUGCAUAAGACCUCUGUGGAGGAGAUGAUCGCCAGUACCGCCUAUCUGGAGCUUUUCCUACGGAGUAUCUCAGAGCCUGCUUUGCUCCGUACCUUCCUGCGAUUCCUGCUGUUACACCGGCAUGACACCCACACCAUCCUUGACACCCUCGUUGCCCGUAUUGGCAGCAACUCCCGGCUCUGCAUGGUCUCUCUGAGUCUCUUCAGGACCCUACUGAACCUCAGCUGUGAGGAUGUCCUGCUGCAGCUGGUUCUCAGGUAUCUUGUCCCGUGUAACCAUGUGAUGCUGAGCCAGAAGCCAGCUGUACGUGAUGUGGACCUAUAUGGACGAGCUGCAGACAAGUUUCUCUCCCUUAUCCCACGCUGUUGUCGGCAUCGUGCCCCUAGCCCACCCCGUCCAGAGCAUGCCUCAUGGGCACGAGGUGGGCCUAGCAGAGAGGCAGGGAGAAGGGAGGACACAACGGGCCCUGGAAGCCCAAGUGUUGACUCCUCUUCUGUGGUGACAGUGCCCCGGCCCUCCACACCGUCUCGUCUGGCCCUCUUCCUGCGACAGCAGAGUCUGGGUGGCUCGGAAUCCCCAGCUCCAGCCCCUCGCUCACCAGGGCUUGCUGCAUCCCCAGCCUCCAGCCCUGGCCGACGGCCCAGCCCUGUGGAGGAGCCUGGUGAGCUGGAAGACAAUUACCUGGAGUAUCUGCGUGAGGCGCGCCGUGGUGUGGACCGAUGUGUCCGAGCCUGCCGUACCUGGUCUGCCCCCUAUGAUGGCGAGCGGCCCCCUCCUGAGCCUAGUCCUGUUGGCUCCCGGACUAAGAAACGUAGCCUACUGCCUGAGGAGGACAGGGACAAUGUGGGGGAAGGGGAGGAGGAAGAGCUGGGGAGUGGAGGGCUUUCUGGGGGUACAGGGGAGGGCCCUGGCCACCUGCCCCCUCCCCAGCUCAAUGGGGUGCCAGGACCAUGGCCUGAGGGGGCCAAGAAGGUUCGUCGGGUGCCUCAGGAGGGGGCUGGGGAACUGCCAGAGAGCACCUCCGAGGGCAUGGCAGGACUAGAGGGCUUUGGGCAGGAGCUCCGGGAACUGGAGGUGGCAUUAAGCAAUGGGGGGGCUGGCUCAGAACCCCCGCUAGAGCCUCCACUACCUCUUGAGGAGGAGGAGGCCUAUGAGAGCUUCACCUGUCCCCCUGAGCCCCCCGGCCCCUUCCUCAGCAGCCCAUUGCGGACGCUCAACCAGCUGCCAAGCCAGCCCUUCACUGGCCCCUUCAUGGCUGUGCUCUUUGCCAAACUCGAGAACAUGCUGCAGAACUCCGUCUAUGUCAACUUCCUGCUGACGGGGCUGGUGGCCCAGCUGGCCUGUCACCCCCAGCCCCUGCUCCGCUCUUUCCUGCUCAACACCAACAUGGUCUUCCAGCCCAGUGUCAAGUCCCUGCUGCAGGUGCUGGGUUCUGUGAAGAAUAAAAUUGAGAGCUUUGCGGCCUCCCAGGAGGACUUCCCAGCACUGCUAUCCAAAGCCAAGAAGUACCUCAUUGCCCGUGGCAAGUUGGACUGGGCCGAGGGCCCUGCAGCAGGACCUACCCCCCGCCGCUCCGAUCCCCUAGUGAAGAGCCGGAGGCCAUCCUUGGGGGAGUUGCUCCUGCGGCAUGCACACAGUCCAACCAGGGCCCGGCAGGCGGCACAGUUGGUUCUUCAGCCUGGGAGAGACGGCGCAGGACUUGGCCUAGGUGGGGGCUCCCCUGGGGCUUCAACUCCGGUUCUACCCCCUCGGGGUGGGGCCCCUGAGCGCCAAGGUGAGGCUCUGCGAGUCAAGAAUGCUGUCUACUGUGCAGUCAUUUUCCCUGAAUUUCUCAAGGAGUUGGCUGCCAUUUCCCAGGCCCAUGCUGUCACCUCGCCUUUCUUGUUGGAUACUUCAGAGGAGGGAUCUGGUCCUCCUGUCUCAGGCUUCGGGCCCCUCAAUCCUUAACUUUCUUCCAUGGACAAUCAGGGCCUCCAGUGGCCUGGGCUGGGGCCGGGGUAUAGGCUCCUUUUUAUGUUUGGAGGCAGUGGUAAGAGGACUUUUUAAUUUAUUUCUGAUGAAUGUUUUAUGGAGAACUUGUUGCAAUAUGUAUAAAAGGGAAAUCUCUA